AUGGAGAAACCCUUGCCGAGAAAGUUCAAGAUGCCUCAAAUAAAUCCUUAUUCAGGCAGGGACGACCCUUAUGAUCACAUGCAAAACUAUGAAUCUUUAAUGAUGAUUCAUGGAUGGGACAACGAGAUAAUGUGCAGGGCAUUUCCAUUAACCCUAACUGGGCACGCUCAGGCCUGGUUUAACGGCUUACUCGAAGCAUCCAUCUCUUCACUCGGCCAGCUAAAAACAGAGUUUAUCAAAGCAUUCAUUAUUAACAGUCAGAGAAAAAAAGAUGCGACAUAUCUGCUUAGCAUUCGACAAGGGAAUAAAGAAACCCUACGCCACUACGUGGACAGAUUUCAGAAUGCCACACUUGAGAUCUGUAAUUUACCGAUUGAAAUGGCACUGUCUGCUAUGUUCCAAGGGACACGACUAACCCCUUUGGAAGAAUCAUUGUCUCUAGACCCUCUGAAAUCUCUAGCAAACCUGUUUAUUAGGGCUAAUAAGUACAUACUCCAUACGGAGAUGAUGAGAAUGGUAAGGGGAAAUGAAGAUGGGGAGCGGAAAAGAAAGGAGCGAGAUAUUGAAGAAGACCUUAAUCGGCGACAAGAGAGGACCAGAAGACUAGAUGAUGUCAGGCCCCAGUUCAAUCACUAUACCUGGCUCACCCAAUCUCGGUCUACCAUAUUAGCAGCCAUAGAAGGAUCAAGCCUAAUCAGGCUUCCAAAAAAGGUGGAUUGA